UUUUGUGUCUUUGAUCCGCCCAUAGUUUGGAAAAAAUUAAAACUAUCUUUCUAUAUUUCUUUGUUGAUGUAAUUUACAGGAUCCUGUAGUUUAUGCGAAAGUAAAUCAAAAUUUUAAUUUAAAAUAGUCCUAUUAUUGUCCUGACCAAUCUAAUUUAAUCUAAUCCAAUCUUAAUAAAACACUGCCCUAAAAACGCUUGGAUCAAGCUCGGUUGAGAGCGCACUGCUUUUCCACGUCACUGUGUUUACCAAGACCAGACUGACAGCUAUUGCCGUAUGUUUUAGUUUUCUUGAUUGUUCGAAAAUAUAUGCUGUCAGGCUGUAGAAUAUCCCAAAAUUGUAGUUUGUGAAUAUGUUGUAGUGAGUAGAACUACAAAACUGGGCUUUCCACUCACUGUUGGCCGACUAGCUUCUAGUUUGUAAAGCUAGUCACUCAGUAGCUUCUAAAGAGGUCCAUCUUCGAAGAAGUCAAACACGCAGAACUCAGUAUGGUGGAUAAAAAUAUCUACAUUAUCCAGGGUGAAAUUACUGCUGUUGUCGGUGCUAUCAAGAGGAAUUCAAGAUGGAACACACACACUCCCUUGCUCCUUCACACACUGCUGCAAGCUGCUCCAGUGAGAGUUGUAGAUCAUGGCUUAAUGGAGGCAACAGAGCCACAUCAGCUGCGAAAAACAUAAAUGCAGUACUGAGGCCUUCUAACGAGAAACCAUCUACACCUCGGGAUGAAGAACAGGAUCCAUUGUUGAAUAGUUUUGCCCACCUGAAGAAAAUACUCAGCAACAUAAAAGAACUGUCCGAUGUAGAACCCAAUGUUUUCCUCAGACCUUUUCUAGAGGUGGUCCGCUCAGAGGAUACCACUGGACCAAUCACUGGCCUUGCCCUUACUUCUGUCAACAAGUUUUUGUCAUAUGGCCUAAUAGACGCUAACCAUGAAGGUGCAGCUGAAGCCAUAGAAAACAUGGCGGAUGCAGUAACACAUGCCAGAUUUGUCGGAACAGACCCUGCCAGUGAUGAAGUGGUCCUUAUGAAAAUUCUACAGGUCUUGAGGACACUGCUGCUGACACCAGUUGGAGCCCACCUGACAAAUGAAUCAGUUUGUGAAAUCAUGCAGUCCUGCUUCCGUAUCUGCUUUGAGAUGCGACUAAGUGAACUACUCAGAAAAUCAGCUGAACACACCCUUGUUGAUAUGGUCCAGCUUUUGUUUUCCAGACUUCCGCAAUUUAAGGAAGAGCCCAAAAGUUAUGCUGGUGCCAGCAUGAAAAAGUUGAAGAUGCGUGCAGGUGGGAUGAAUGACUCAUCCAAAUGGAAAAAGCAGAAACGUUCACCAAAGCCAACUUGCCACAUGAUGCGAAGUUCCUCAGGACUGAUGGACCCAACCCAGUCUACCAACCUCAAUACUACCAACCUAUCUGGUGGUGUUGUCGUGAUGGAGCAAACGUGUUCACUACCAGCCUCACACAGUGCUGGCUCUUCUAUUUCCAGUCCCACAACCACAGACAGUGGCCUAGAGUCCUCCUCCAAAACCACUUCUCGGGAAGAUCUCUCUGACCUGGAUCAGUGUAGCUUGUUUCCAAUUACACCUGUCAAUACCAACAGACUCCUAGACAUCAAUCUGAGCUCUUCUAAUCCACAGUCUGAGGUUAGAUCGGCUCAAUCAGCAUCAGUUGAGUCAAUCCUGGAGGUUCUUGAGGAAAAAGACUUGACUGCAGAACAGUCAGGUAGCACCUCUAUUCAUGACAUGGACUACGUCAAUCCCCGAGGUGUCCGUUUCACACAGUCCACACAAAGAGAUGGUGCAUCCCUCAUUCCCUAUGGUCUGCCAUGUCUAAGGGAGCUCUUCCGGUUCCUAAUCUCAUUAACCAACCCCCAUGACCGCCACAACACUGAUGCGAUGAUGUACAUGGGCCUGCAGCUGCUGAAUGUGGCCCUGGAGUCUGCAGAAUUUGUCAACUACCAAUCUUUACUAGGGCUGAUAAAAGAUGAGCUUUGUAGGCAUCUUUUCCAGCUGCUGAGCAUGGACCGUCUUAACCUCUAUGCGUCAUCGUUGCGGGUGUGUUUCCUACUAUUUGAAAGCUUGAGAGUGCAUCUUAAAUUUCAGCUGGAGAUGUACCUCAAGAAACUGAUGGACAUAAUCACAUCUGAGAAUAUGAAGAUGCCCUAUGAAAUGAAGGAAAUGGCUCUGGAGGCACUGGUACAGCUGUGGAGAAUCCCCAGCAUUGUUACUGAGCUGUACAUCAACUAUGAUUGUGACUUCUACUGCUCUAAUCUAUUUGAAGAUCUUACUAAGCUGCUGUCUAAGAAUGCAUUCCCUGUGUCCGGGCAGCUCUUUACCACACACCUUCUGUCAUUGGAAGCUCUACUAACUGUCAUUGAGAGUAUUGAGGCCCACUGCCAAGCCAAAGUGCAAGACAACAACUCUUGCCAAGACCAUUCAGAAAAACUGCCACUGGAGGAAGUGAUAGUGAUAAAAAAUGGAACAGAUGCUACAACUGAUCUUAUUCAAGAUGGAAGUAUCAAUGGUUUGAGUUUUCCACUAGUGGUCUGUGGUCCGGGAUGCCCACCAGCUAUUGGAAAUCUGACGGCCGAAAAGAUGAAACUGUGUCGACCGGAUCAAAGAGAUAGUGACACUACUGAGAAGAAAACCAUGAAAAAGCCUCAGCGUUUCUCUUCAAGUAAACCCGACUCCCAAGAGUUGCUUGAAAUAAGGACAAAGAAAAAGCUUCUGAUCACAGGGACAGAGCAAUUUAAUCUGAAACCAAAGAAGGGAAUUUUGUUCCUUCAGGAAAAAGGGCUUCUGAAUAAUCCAAUGGAUAACAACCAAGUGGCCCAAUGGCUCAGAGAGAAUCCCAGAUUGGACAAAAAGAUGAUCGGGGAAUUUGUCAGUGAUCGCAAUAAUAUGGAGCUCCUAGACAGCUUUGUGAACACGUUCGCCUUCCAGGGACUUCGUAUUGAUGAGGCAUUGAGGCUUUACCUAGAGGCCUUCAGGUUACCAGGAGAGGCUCCUGUCAUCCAAAGACUUCUGGAAACAUUUACAGACAACUGGCAUAAGGUAAAUGGCUCUCCCUUCCUGACCAAUGAUGCAGGUUUUGCCUUAGCAUAUGCUGUUAUAAUGUUGAACACCGACCAGCAUAACCACAAUGUACGGAAGCAGAAUAUCCCAAUGACUGCAGAGCAAUUCAAGAAGAAUCUAAAGGGAGUGAAUGGAAACAAAGAUUUUAACCAGGAAAUGCUAGAGGAUAUCUACAAUGCUAUCAAGAAUGACGAGAUUGUGAUGCCAGAUGAGCAGACUGGUUUAGUGAAAGAGAACUAUGUGUGGAGUGUGCUCCUACAUCGUGGUGCUUCACCAGAGGGGAUUUUCCUUCACCUGCCAUCUGGGAGUUAUGAUCAUGACUUAUUCACCAUGACCUGGGGUCCCACUAUUGCAGCUCUGUCCUAUGUCUUUGACAAGAGUCUGGAUGACAAUAUCCUCCAAAAGGCCAUUACUGGCUUCAGGAAAUGUGCAAAGAUAGCAGCUCACUAUGGAUUUAAUGAUGUUUUUGACAAUUUGAUCAUCUCGCUGUGCAAGUUUACAACUCUGAGCAGUGAGUUAGUAGAAAACCUUCCAACGGUGUUUGGGAGCAACACAAAGGCGCAAACAGCCGCCAAGACAGUGUUUGAUCUUGCCCAUCAGCAUGGGAACAUCCUAAGAGAAGGUUGGAAGAACAUCAUGGACUCCAUGCUGCAGUUGUUUAGGGCUGAACUACUACCCAAAGCCAUGGUCGAGGUGGAUGAUUUUCUUGAGCCAAAUGGAAAGAUCUCUCUUCAAAGAGAGGAAACUCCUUCUCAUCGUGGGGAGUCGGCAGUAUUGAGUUUUGUCAACUGGCUGACUCUGAGUGGAGCUGAGCAGUCUGGACUAAGAGGACCUUCUAUGGAAAAUCAGGAAGCUAAACAAGCAGCCAUUCUCUGCAUAAAGCAAUGUGACCCAGAAAAGAUGAUCACAGAGAGCAAGUUUCUUCAACUAGAGUCUUUACAGGAACUAAUGAAGGCGUUGAUAUCGGUCACCCCCGAUGACGAGACUUAUGAUGAAGAGGAUGCUGCCUUUUGUUUAGAGAUGUUACUGCGAAUUGUCAUGGAGAAUCGAGACCGUGUGUCGUGUGUGUGGCAGACUGUGCGUGACCAUCUCUGUCAGGUUUGUGUCCACACAAACGAGAGCUGUUUUUUGGUGGAAAGGGGUGUGGUGGGACUCCUUCGACUUGCCAUCCGCUUGCUACGGCGAGAAGAUAUUAGUUCCCAGGUGCUCCUUUCCCUGCGUCUCCUGCUUAUGAUGAAACCACAUGUUUUGUCCCGGGUUAGUAGAGAGGUUGCUUAUGGUCUUCAUGAGCUGCUAAAGACUAAUGCAGCCAAUAUCCAUAGCACAGACCAUUGGUACACGCUCUUUUCAUUGCUUGAAUGCAUUGGUGCUGGAGUGAAACCUCCCGCCUCCUUUCAGUUUACCUCUGCCAGCACAGACAUCGAAACAGGUGCUCAGUCAGACAGUGAGUUGCCAUCCCGCCAUCCAAGUGAAGUGAGUCUUGAUCGUGGCUAUACGUCAGACUCAGAGGUCUACACUGACCACAGCAAGAACCGAAUCCCUCGCUCUACAACAGAUUUGGAUGUUGCAAGCAGUGGAUGGCUGGUGGUUGGAAAAGAGGAUUUGGAAACCAGUAAGGCUCCUCCACUAAGCUCUAAAUCUCAAUUUAAUCACCCCUUGGUCAACCAGUACAGUCUCACUGUGGGUCAGGACCUUGGCCAGCAUGACACAAAGUCUCUCAUCAAGUGUGUAGAAACACUGUCAUUCAUUGUCCGUGACGCUGCCCAUGUCACACCAGACAACUUUGAGCUGUGUGUUAGAGCAAUCCGAGUAUUCGUGGAGGCAAGCCUCAAUGGAGGUUACCGCAACCAUGACAAGAAAAAGAGUCAUAAGUAUGACUCUGCUAAGUCUCGCUUGAGGAAGAAGGCUGGAGGGAAGGAGAAAGAAGGUGGAAAUGGCGCAAGAAGAGGCGGAAGCCGGGCUUCGAGCCAACGCCCAUCACGUUCCCACAGUGAUGAUGAUGAUGAGGAGGGUGUACCAGCAAGUUACCACACAGUAUCAUUACAGGUUAGUCGGGAUCUUUUGGACUUGAUGCACACAUUGCACACUCGGGCUGCCAGCAUCUACAGCUCUUGGGCAGAAGAAGAGCGCAAUCGAGAGGCUGCUGGUAAAAAAAUCGACGCUGACUCCCAGACACUGUGGACUAGCUGCUGGUGCCCACUGCUCCAAGGCAUUGCAUGGCUGUGCUGCGAUGCCAGACGGCAAGUGCGUAUGCAGGCUCUCAACUACCUCCAGAGGGCUCUGCUAGUACAUGAUCUACAGACACUAGAUGCUGCAGAAUGGGAAUCCUGUUUCAAUAAGGUGCUUUUCCCAUUACUGACCAAACUCCUCCACAACAUCAGCCCAGCUGAUGUUGGUGGAAUGGAGGAGACUAGAAUGAGAGCCUGUACUAUCCUAUCAAAGGUUUUUCUGCAACACCUCCUACCGCUGUUGUCCUUGCCAACUUUCGCGGCCCUAUGGCUCACCAUUCUGGAUUUCAUGGACAAAUACAUGCAUGCAGGAUCCAGUGACUUGCUGUUGGAGGCCAUCCCAGAGUCUCUAAAGAAUAUGCUGCUGGUAAUGGACACAGCAGAAAUCUUCCGUAGUGCAGAUUCCAGGACAAAAUACUCAGACUUGUGGGAAAUAACAUGGGAACGAAUCGACUGUUUCCUGCCUCACCUGAGAGAGGAGCUUUUUAAACAGACUGUUUUACCAGAUCCAGUACCCUCUACUCCAUCAGAGGUGCAGCCACCAUCCUCAAUACCCCAGCCUCUUUCCCCACAGGGGUCUCUAGUUCAAGCACAGCAACCUUCUCCUGUGUCUCUGCCGGUGACUUCUACAGAGCCUCGAAUUCCCAGCCGGCCGGCAUCGCCCCACGAGACCCAAGCAGCCAAUGCCAAUGGACCAGAGCGCUCAUCUUCCCCAACCAUGCCAGUGCCAUCACAGACCCCUCACGGUCAAGUGUCCUCACCCUUGAGCCAGUCACCGUUUAUCAUCCAAUCCCUUGCUUCUCCGCUGCAGGUGGGGGUCCCACCCAUGUCCCUGCCAAUCAUCCUCAACCCCGCACUCAUUGAGGCCACAUCCCCGGUACCACUGCUACCUGGUCCCAGACCUAUGACCCCAUCUGAUGAGGUCUAGUAGUGGAACUGUUGCUUCGGUUAUAAAAUGGAGCUCCACCAGCCCACCUCGUACAGCUCAACAUGCUCUCUUCAACCUGUGACUUCACUCCAGGAAGUCUGAUCCAGUCAUUUUAGUGUCUGUUCAACGAUUAUGACCUUAUAAUGGGAAUUCUAGCAGAUUACAGUUUAUUUUUGACUCAUUCCACAUUGUGAAGAUAAAAAAAUCAAGAAGAAUUGUCAUCACAUUCCCUUCAGAUACUGUUGGUCCAUUUUCAACCAUGGAAUGUUCACAGCGACUUGAAUUUACCCAAUGCUCAUGAUGAACUCUAAAUCAUGUUAGGGACUAUCCUCUAAAUUCAUUAUAUGCGUUCUGAGAACCAGACUUAAGUUUUAGUAAUGUUUGGUGAGUCCUGCAGUAAAUAAAAAAUAAUAAUAAUAAUAAUCCAAAUUGUUUAUAAACAGUAAUACAAAAAUUUAGAAAAGGUCAACUCAUGGAAAACAUUUUGACAUAGAAAAAAAAGGAAUUCCAUCUAUUUUCUGUACUGCUUAGAUCAUGAGAUAUACAGAUACACACACACACACACACACACACAUCUAUGCGCAUGGUGGAAUUAUUCCAUUCACGCUCCCAAUAUUCUGUUUACGUUGCCUGUGAGAUUUUUUGAUCACGUAAGCAGUGUGGUUCAAGCCAAGUUUAGUCACUGGAGCAAAGUCCAAAUUUAAACCUGAUAAUCAUGAAAUCCUUUUGUCUGUAGUGUAUAUUAAGGUUGAGAUUGCAAGCAAAGAGGCACUGCAUGUCAAUGAAAUCAGGUUUAUUCACAUUCUUAGCAGCCUUGGAAUAACUCAUGUGGGAUGAGCUCCAAAAAAUUUCUGUCAGAGAUACAAUUGUUUUUCAUGAAUUGGGUGAGACUGAUCUGUACAACUUCACCCCCUGUUUUUUUUUUUUUUUGUUGUUGUUUUUUUUAACCGCAUACAAAAAACAAGCUUUGUUUUAGAGCAUCUCAUGAAGAGUUUGUGUGCAUGUUCAGUCCUUUAGAGCAGGGGUGCCCAGACUUUUUUACCCCAAGAUCUACUUUUCAACCAGCCAUCCUCUCGCGAUUGACAGGGGUUGGGGUUGGGUGCUGUACUUUUUUUUUUUUUUUUUUUUUUUUUUUUUAUAGACUGACCAAUGAUGAAAUAGAAUCACCAGUCUAGUCAAAGCUCUAUCCACUACAAAAAUGCAAAGCGUAUUGAUAAGUAUAUAUUGGGAUUCUUUGUGUAUGAGCCAAUAUUGCACAAUACAACAUAAAUAACUAUUAACAUUUUUUGUAACUAUCUGAGUUCACGUUGAUGAUCACUAAACACCAUAAGAAUGAAAAUGCACAACUGAUCUUUGUCACUCACGUCAGUGGAUUAGUCCAACUGCAGUGAGAAGCGUUCACAAUCUCUGAUGUCCUUCUACACAUCAGCCAUGGCUUCACCGCAACGUGGAACUACUCCUUUUUGGUGGUGGAUUUGUGUGAAAAGUGACUGCUGUGCCAGUUGGGAUUUUAGAUCAGACUUUUCUCAUUAUCAGCUUGCUUUUCGGCGGAAUGACGGUAUCAUAUUUUCCACUAACAGUUCGAAAAUGCCGCUCCACAUUUCCUUUCUAUGGUAUUCCAAUAGUACACUGGCAGAUGAGGCAAACUCACUUUGAAAAUUACGUCAGCCUCCCAUUCUGUAUGAAACUGAUGUUUUAGACUUCUUUAUUCCAGCAUCCAUACUCAUGUUUGAUAAGAUUUCUUAAGCGAUGGCUUAAAAUAGGGAGGAACUCGUUGACUAGCGUGUUUUCCUGUUCUCUGUUGUUGUUUGCACAUGUGCGGUGAGCUAAAGGUCAGAAAAAUACAGCUGUCUUUUUUUUUCGACACACCGUCACAAUCGACCCAAACUGCCUGCAAUCGUCGCAUUGAGCACCCCUGCAUUAGAGGAUCACUGAUCAACAUUCCAGUGUGUAGAUGAAUUAUAUGGUGCAGUACAUAUUGUUGUUUCUCUUUGUGCUUAGUAUGGCUGACUGUGUACAAUGUAGCACAAGUAGUUAAAACCUAGGGCCUUCAAACAAUGCCAAAAACCUUAUCAAUGACAAAAAUACAUCCGAAUGAAUACGGUUGCCUUUUUUAGAGUUCAAAUAGUAUUUGCCAACGAAAAUACUAUUUUUAAUGACAUUUCUCAGCUAAUGUAUUCAAUUUCAAUUGUUAUACAUUCCAUUUUGCUGAGCAACAAGUACAGGUAUGCUUUGCAUCAUUAUUUCUCGUGUGAUGACACUCAAUACUGAUGACGUGGAUACCAGUAAAAAGGCACCUGGACAUGACAGCAUCUCCUUAACAUCUGGUGGCCCUGAGCUUCUUUUCAUGUUUUGUUAUUUAUUGAGUUGGAAAAACAAUCACAACCCAGAGAUGGAAAAUGAGUCUCAUGCCACCAAGCAGUUAAGCGAUUUCUUUAAAAGAAACAAAAUGUAUAUUUUGUUUUGGAUCUGGAGUUGAACAGGAAAGCAAAUGAAUAUGUACAUAAUCUAUAAAUGAAAGGUGAAGUAUGUUUUGCAAUGUAAUAAAUAUUGUUAAUAAGG